AUGGAUCACUCUGAGCAACUCCCGUCGCGCCUCAGUUCAGACUCGGUCCGGACGGCUCAGCGAACCGAUUCGAUGGUGACCGUGCCUCUAUCCUCGAAUUCAGAGGAUACACAGCCCGAUUGGCGUACGCUCGAAAUUCCUCAGACCCCUGUGCACGCCACGACACAUUCCGACGACGAGAUCAGCCCGAAAACCACACCCACCUCCGCGAAACCCGACCUUGGGUCGGAGCUCGCCCGGACGCGAAUCAGCGAAGAACAUGACCGGAUCGACGGGCUCGAAGGUGAUGGGGUGGACUGGGAAGAGUUGGAAAAGACCGAAGAGCAGGAGCCUCGGAUGGAGGGAUCUGAUGAGACAACUGCCCUGUUACUGGCUCGCCUGGAACAAGAGAACAACGCGCUGGCCACGAACCCGAAAUCCGGACUGGCCAAGGUUGCCGCUCAGCAGGCACAGGCACGUCCAUCGCGGUCACAAUCGUUGCAUCACAUCAAGCGAUUGAUUGAUGAAGACCCUCGAUCCUCUCUUCGCUACUCACAACUUCCACCUCCACCGAUGACCGAGCUCGAAUUUUGGGCGGCCCUCGUGGCAGACUACCCGCAAACCGUGCAGCGAUUGCCGACUUUGACUUCGAAUAAAAUCAGAGGCGGCAUUCCACCUCCUCUGCGCGGCGUCGUCUGGCCGAGCUUGUCCGGGGCUAGGGAUCCGUCACUAUUGACCGAAUACCAAAAGCUCUGCGGCGAGACCAGUCCAUAUGAGGGACUGAUCGGAAAGGACAUUGGCCGCAGCUUUCCCAACGUCGAGAUGUUCCGGGACCCAAAUGGCGAAGGGCAGCAGAUGCUUGGCCGCGUACUCAAAUGUUUCAGCCUCUACGACACGAAGAUAGGCUACUGCCAAGGCUUGGGCUUUGUGGUCGGUCCUUUGUUGAUGCACAUGACGGAUGCAGAAGCCUUCUGUGUGCUUGUUCGGCUCAUGGACCAUUAUGACCUGCGAACCUGCUACCUGCCUGACCUGUCGGGUCUGCACCUGCGCGUCUACCAAUUCCAAAAUCUCCUCUCUCGUCUUCGACCAGCGCUUUUCGAGCACCUAGAAACACUUGGGGUUGAGCCGGUCUAUGUUUCCCAAUGGUUCCUCUCGUUCUUCGCCGUUUCCUGCCCCAUGCCGAUGCUACUCCGGAUCUUCGAUGUCAUCUUCUUGGAGGGCGCUUGCGAGACUUUGAUGCGCGUUGCACUGUCGCUAAUGCAGCGCAACGAAAAGAAGAUUCUGAGUUGCUCAGAGUUCGAAGAUGUCAUGCAGUUGUUGCUGUCCAGAAGUCUCUGGGAUACCUACGCUUUUGACGCCGACGACUUUGUCAACGACUUCGUCUCUCUCACCACUCUCGUGACGAAAGAAAGCCUUCAAGCGUUAGAGACCAGUUACAACCAGUCGCAGGGAGUCCCCACCGGUAUUACCUUCCCCCAGAUGCAAGCGGCAGCUUCCAGAUUCCUCGGCCGGUUCUGGGCUGGCUCAGGCCCUCACACCUCUACCAAGUCAAUCAGCCUCAACCCGAACAACGCCUGUGGAACGAACAAUCUCCGCCGGUCGACCUCAAAGCAAAGCAUGGCCUCAACUCUCAACUCAGUUGAGUCGGCGUCGGACGCCAGCACGGCACCAACCGAGCUAUCAGUCGAACCGAAAACACGAACGAAAUCGUCGCUAUCGCAGAACAAAGACCGCGAUCUCCACACCCAGAUCGAAGACCUUCUCAUGGCACUCAGUGACCUCCAACGCCAACAGGCGGAUCUUUCCCGCCAGCUUCAGCAGGAGCGUGAAGAGCGCGAGGAAGACCAAGCCCUCGCUCGAUCAAUGCUAGAAUACAUCAAGCAAACGAACGCAGACUCCGCACCACCAGAGCUCCUCAGCAAAGCAGAAGAGAAGUUCGCAGCGGUGGACUCGACGAGGCGACCGUCGAUCGACCAAACCAAACAGCAACUCCGCGACAACGUGGAGCAGUGGAAGAACAUGUACUCCGUCGAGGCCGGCCGGUGUCUCGACCUCACGCGGCGCAUCGACGAACAGGAACAGGAAGCCACCUCGCUCCGCGAACAACUUCGCGAAGCACGCGGUCGGAUCCAGGACGGAUACCGUGAUCGCCAGCGCCUGGAGCGCACUGUCCGUGACCUCCGCGCAAUUAAAACGCCCACCCCGGAUACACCCCCAGAGUCAUAUGGUUCGCCGACAAGUGAUCACGGUGAAGGCUUUAGCUCCGGCGGACUUCGCGAGCUUAAACUCGCGCGAUCCGCUUCGCAAAAGAGCGUCAAGACUACUACUUUCAACAAACGGUCUAGCAGUCUCGGCCUCCAGAAUGUGCUAUCCACAGAAAACAACAAACCACCGGGCGACGAAGCGCUGCUCCUGGAGUUGGUCAAUGCCAAGACCGCAGAGGCGGUGGCUAAACAGGAACUGGAGGAAGUCAAGGCGAAGCUGGACUCGCUACGGAAGAUGAUGGGAGGGAAGGCGCAUGGGUUGUCGCGAUCUUCGACCACGGAGAAUCGGAACUCGUUACUUGGAUUACCACCAAAUCCUGGCGUUUCGAAGACUCACACUGACGCCCCGGCGUCUUCGGGCGGGUUCUUUAGCGGGUGGGGACGAUAG